AUGGAUUCAGCCAGAUUAACUAGUGCUAAACAGAAGUUAGGGAUAACAUAUGAAUUAAAACCAGAACAGAUAUCAGCACUUCGUGCUUUUACAGAAUCGAAGGACCUCGUCUGUUUACUACCGACUGGUUUUGGAAAAAGUGUCAUUUUUCAGCUUAUGCCAUUUAUUACCGAGGAUCCCAUGGCAGUUGUCCUUGUGAUAUCGCCAUUGAACGCGAUUAUGAAGGACCAGGUUAGGAAACUAUGCGAAAGCGGCAUUCCAGCUUGUUUCCUAGAUAUAACGGGAAGAGAUGGUUCCACCUACAUGUUGAAACCUGCAUUGGGGACGGAUAUUGAGGAUGAAAGUGAGGAAAGAGAGGACAGCAGUAUUGAUGAUGAAACUGAUGAAGAUGUUGGGAAGCUGCUGAUGAAAGUUUCUCCAGAAGAAGUGGCAGCUGGAAAAUUCCGCCUUAUUUAUGCCCAUCCAGAGGCAUUCCUUUCUUCAAGAGAAGGAAGGAAAAUUCUACAAAGCCAAGCUUUGCAGGAUCACGUGUGUGGUAUCUGCAUAGAUGAAGCACACAUGAUACAAGAAUGGGGUGAAGACUUUCGAAAGGACUUUGCUAGGAUACAAGAAUUGCUGGGCAUUUUCCCUAGAGUACCCGUGUCCCUUUUUACAGCAACAGCAUCACAAUCGACAAAGGAAAAGCUGGUAAAAAACCUUGGUUUAAGGAAUCCCACUUUUAUUUCCAAGAAUCCAGACAGACCCAACAUCAAGUAUUACAAAUACCAACGACUACCCAGCAUGCGACAAGAAGACGACCUUGACAAAAUUUUAGGAGAUAUUGUGACAGGUCUACAAAAGGACAGAAGACAUUAUCCUCUCACUUUCAUUUACACUGAUCUGGAGUCAAUUAGGUAUGGCUAUAGAUUUUUGGAGAACAAGUUAGGGAUUGAGUCUCCUGAGAACAGGUGUUAUGCACAGUACCAUACCCAUUAUCCAGAGAAAAUGAAAAAUUUUAUCAUAGGGGAACUGGGAAAAUCUGAUCCAAUAAUUAGAGUAGUUCUGGCAACGGUAGCCCUUGGCAUAGGUCUGCAUGCACCUGCCGUUCGAAAGGUCAUUCAUUUUAAAUGUCCAACAAGCAUCGAAAAAUACUUGCAAGAAACUGGUCGUGCGGGGCGAGAUGGGUUAGCUGCCGAAGCAGUUUUGUAUGUUAAUAAAACAGAUGUCAGGAUCAACAGACCUGGGAUGCAACAUUCCAUGCGCCAAUACUGCAUAAGUACAGACACCUGUUUGCGUGUGCAGUUGUUAAAGCAUCUAGAUUUUAAACCAGAUGUUGGAAACAAAAAAUGCAAAUGCUGUGAUGUAUGUGAAAUUUUAUGCUGUUGCUCAGACUGUGAAUUGUAACAUUGUGUCAUAGCAUUCCCAAGUGAGCACAACUUCAUCAUUAUUUAAGUACAUUCCCAGUAUUACAGGACCUAUUACCAGAUCGCACUUCUUGUUACUACAAUUGCACUGUAAAAGGAUGGUGUGAUCUAUCCGCCUUGUAAACCUGUUCAUGAAAGACCU